AUGCUUGAUGAACACCUUUAUGGAUAUAGCAUUACUGUAAAAAUAUGGGGAAAAAACGAUGCAGAGAAAUAUAUUAGAAGUAUAGCUUUGUGUAUUAAUUUCAAUAAAUUUCCAUUAUUUGAUAUUUCUUCAUCGCCAAAGACGAAUUUAUCUAGUGUUUCCAUAUCAGAAUCAACCAGUGUGUCUUCAACAAAAACAUCGUCAGAACAUAGUAGUAGUACAACUUUUCGUCCAUAUUAUCCUGACACAUUUAGUCCCGGAUCAAUCGCUGGAAUUAUCAUCGCUUCGCUUGUAUUUAUUAUUGUCGUUUCAGUUAGUGCAUUUUAUAUUCGUCGUCAACAAAUUUAUUAUUUACCAUAUUAUAACAAUUAUCGACGGCUUUAA